AUGACCCUAGAGCAGAAACCAGCUAAAGGCACAAGCCUAACAGAAGCUCUUACAGUGGAUCGACAUGCUAGCUCAGCAAAAUUUCUAAGACGGCUCUAUCGAGAAAUCAGCGCCCAACCGCGCAGUCCGGCUGGCCGAGAAACUAUGUUUCGCGCUCGGCCAAAUCAUAUCCGUCCGUCUGAAGUCUCGGCCAAAGUUCAAACCGACCGGCCGAUCACGCAAUCACGACCCGGGAAACAUUGCCCGCGGUCGGCCAAGCCACCUCACGCCACGCCGCGCACGACCAUGCCGCGCGAGCCGGGAACAAGGCCUCGCGGCCGCGCAACCCGUUCGCGUACCACGGCCGAUGCAUCCGUCCGAGCCGCCUUGUAUUACAAUUUCAUACUUUGA